AUGGAGAACUACAACUACACUUACAACAGCUUCACACUCCAACUUGAGGGGAUAGAUGUCUCUAAGGAGUCUCUCUACCCUAUCUUUCUCUUCUUCCUCUUCUCCUACCUCUUUAUAAUGGUUGCGAAUCUGGGUAUUGCUGUUCUGGUUUUUAUUGACAAGAACCUCCACCAGCCUAUGUAUCUCCUUUUCUGCAACCUGCCCCUUAAUGAUAUUCUUGGAAACUCUAUCAUGGUUCCUCGUUUGCUUUCAGAUAUUUUGCGGCCUCCCUCUGAGCGUCUCAUCAGUUAUUAUGAAUGUGUGGUUCAAGCUUUUACCACACACAUGUUUGGUACCACCACACACACUGUGCUCAUGAUUAUGGCAUUUGACAGAUAUGUGGCCAUUUGCAAUCCCCUGCGCUAUUCUUCCAUAAUGACCAACAAAAUGGUGAUCAAGUUGACAGUUUCUGCCUGGGGAGUGGCCUUCGUUUUGGUUGGGAUUCUACUCGGUUGA